AUGAGUGGGAAUCCACAGGUAAAAGCCUCCGAUGCAGAUGCAGGACUCUAUGGCUUUGUUGAAUAUUCUCUUUAUGCUGGAUUCCAAAGCUAUGAAGCACCUCAAUCAUUCCAGAUAGACCCCCAUGAUGGGCAAAUCUGUGUUUCUCAAGAUAUCGACAGGGAAAGGGAUCCAGCCACCUACGAUCUCUUGGUGAAAGCUAAGGAUGGGGGUGGACUCAGCGCCCAAGCUUUUGUUCGUGUGGAACUGGAGGAUGUGAAUGAUAAUGAACCCGUGUUUAACCCGUCAACCUAUGUGACGAGCAUUAGCGGCCAGACCCAGCCAGGCACUGAGAUCAUCAAUGUUCUUGCCUCAGACAGGGAUUCCGGGAUGUAUGGAACAGUGGCUUAUGAGCUUGUCCUCGGAGACCUGUCAUUCCUUUUCACCAUCGACUCCACCACAGGGAUUAUUUACUUAACAUCAACUCUUAGUCAUUUGGAAUCCACCACACUUUUGCUGAUGGUCUGUGCUCGAGAUGGUGGUGGGCUCACAUCUGUCACUAAUGCUGAAGUCACCAUACACAUUCUUCAGACAACUCUGGCACCCACUGAAUUUGAAAGGCCUAAGUAUACUUUCUCAGUUUAUGAAGAUGUGCCUGAAGACAGUCCUGUGGGGACAGUGAAAGCAAAAGAGUCCUUGAAUUCCUCAGAGCCAAUUCUUUAUAGGAUCUCCUCUGGUGAUCUGGACGGAAAGUUCUUUAUUCACCCAUGGCUGGGCACCAUUCGAACCCAGAAGCCUCUGGAUCACGAAACACAGCCCGUGGUUGUGCUCACCAUCCAGGCACAGCUCGGCAGCUCCCCCACCUGCAGCAGCACAGAGGUCAACAUAACUGUCAUCGAUGUCAAUGACAACCGCCCAGUGUUUCACAAAGCCUCCGAUGGGGUUACGAUAUCCCAGAGCACAAUGACUGGCACAGCCUUGUACCACGCCCGUGCAACAGACAAAGACAGCGGGCCCAACGGGGUCAUCCGCUAUGCCAUUGCCAGUCAGAGCCCGAGCAUCUUUUCCGUUGACUCGGGGCUUGGUGUGGUGUACCUCAACGAGAGCCUGGCAGGCGCUGGGCCCCAGGAGUGCACUCUGACCCUCAAGGCCCAGGAUCUCGGCGUUCCUCCUCAGGCAUCCCUGUUAGUGCUGACGGUCAUUAUUGAAAAACAAGAGCAAAACCCGUCUUUAACUUUUGAGCAUUUGGUCUAUCAAGUGGAAGUUAGUGAGUCCCUCUCACUGAUGACCCCGGUCCUGAAAAUCCAGGCCUGCCAGCUUGGCCCACAGCACACACCCCCGCAGCUCCUGUACUCGCUGGAGUCCGGCCCAGACUCGGCUGCGUUUGGCAUCCAUCCUUACACGGGUUGGAUUUAUUUGCGGCGACAGCUCGACUAUGAAUCCACACAAACAUAUAAUUUUAGAGUGUUUGCCUGGAUCCCGGAGGACAGAAUGUCACAAAAUGUGAGCACUUCAGUAAUUGUUCAUGUCCUGGAUGAGAAUGACAAUUCCCCCACCUUCUUGCAUGAUGUCUUGUUUCUGAAAGUCAAGGAGAGUCCUGUUCCCCAAGGGGUAAUAGGCAAAAUUACAGCAAUUGACAGAGAUUCGGGGAAGAAUGGACAGCUGUCAUAUUUCCUUUUGUCUGAUGGAAAAUUCUUCAAGAUGAAUCCUAAUACAGGCGAACUUAUCAGCUGGGUGGCCUUGGAUCAUGAGCAACGGGUGCACCAUCAGGUGACUGUCUUAGUGACCGACCACGGCUCCCAUCCUCGAAACGCCACCGCGCUGGUGUAUGUCUCAGUUACUGACAUCAACGAUAACAGGCCGUAUUUCCCACAGUGCCUCCCUGGGAAGGAAUUACACAUCAAGGUUCUGGAAGGUCAACCAGUAAAUAUGUUGGUUACAACUGUGUUUGCAAAGGAUCUUGAUGAAGGAAACAAUGCAGAAGUUAUAUAUUCAGUAUCUUCAGAGGGUAGUACUGAUCACUUCAAGAUUGAUGCCAACAGUGGUGAAAUAAGAACAACCAGAGUACUUUCCCAUGAUUAUGGACCUUCUUACAGGAUGACUGUAAUUGCCAGAGACCAGGGGGUGCCUCCUCUUCAAGGACAGGCAGUUAUUAAUAUUCAGGUGAUACCACUAUCCAAAGGGAGAGCUCUCAUUUCUCAGAAUAUUAAACACUUAGUUAUACCAGAAAACUCGAAGCCUGCAAAAAUAAUGAGCUUGAUAAAGUCACCUGAUCACCUUCAACAACAUCAUAGUGGAAAGUUACAUUUUAAUAUCGCUGCAGAUGACAAGGAUGGUCACUUUGAAGUCGACAGCUCGACAGGAGACUUGUUCCUCUUUAAGGAACUGGAUUAUGAAAUGACGUCCCAUUAUCUUUUCAGGGUGGUAACUAAAGACCACAGCAGAAACCCUCCCGUGAAUAGCACAGUCUUCCUUAGUGUUGCUGUGGAAGAUCAGAAUGACCAUUCCCCAUCUUUCCGGGAGGAGUUCAUUGUGAUCAGCGUGGAAGAGAAUGCCCCUGUCGGGACUCUGGUGCACGUUUUUAAUGCCAAAGAUGGCGACGGCAGUUUUUUGAACAGUAGAGUACAAUACUUCAUUGAAGCCCACCACCCUGGAGUGAAUCCAUUUCUCAUCCACCCCUCAUUUGGCACUUUGGUCACCGCUUCCCCCCUUGACAGAGAGAGAGUUCCGACUGUUGUCCUGACAGUAACUGCAUCCGAUCAGGCUGUGAAUGUGACAGACCGGCGACUGAGAUCGCUGAUGGCGAAGGUAGUGAUUUUGGAUAUAAAUGACCACAGCCCCACUUUUACAUCUUUCCCCAUCGCCCUUGUCAAAGAGGAUGCCGCGGUGGGCUCCUUGGUGCACCACAUAACUGCUCAAGAUCCAGACGCAGGAAGGAAUGGAAGAGUAACAUUCAGCAUCCUCUCAGGAAAUGAAGAUAUGGCCUUUAUGCUAGAUGAGUCAUCAGGUUUACUAACUACUACUUCGCCUUUGGAUUAUGAGUUAAAAAGUCAGUACAUUCUGACCCUUCUGGCACUGGAUGGUGGCACACCAACACUUUCUUCAUCCCAGACUUUGACAAUUACUGUUCUUGAUGUAAACGAUGAGGCCCCAGUAUUUAAACAGCACCUAUAUGAAGCUUCAGUUAAAGAAAAUCAAAAUCCAGGGGAGUUUGUCACAAGAGUUGAAGCUGUGGACAGAGAUUCAGGAAUCAAUUCCAAGCUUCAGUUUGAAAUCAUGCCAGGUGCUUUAUUCGGGUUGUUCGAGAUAAAUCCUGACACUGGGGAGGUGGUGACAACCACCACCCUUGACAGAGAAGUUCAGGAAGUCCUCACCCUUCGAGUACUUGUACGUGAUGGGGGAGCCCCUGCUCUGUCUGGGACUACAACAAUUCUCUGCACAGUGGGAGAUGAAAAUGAUCACGCACCGGAGAUUAUUGUCCCCAGGCAUGACAUUGAGGUUCUGGAAAACCAAGAGCCGGGGCUUGUCUACACUGUUUUGGCCUCUGAUAUGGAUGCUGGCAAUAAUGGAGCUGUCAGGUAUCACAUAAUUGAUGGAAAUACUGAUGAGUAUUUUGCUAUUAAUGAAACAUCAGGAGAACUCUCAAUCACUCGUGCUUUGGACCGGGAGCAAGUCAGCAACUUCACCCUAGUCAUCCUGUGCUCCGAUCUGGGGGAUCCACCUCGGAGCUCCAUGGUGCAGCUGCAAGUCAGAGUUCUGGACGACAAUGACCACAGUCCUUCCUUCUCCAGGCUCCAUUACCAGGCCUCUGUGAGAGAGGAUGCUCAAGUGGGAACCGUGGUUCUUGUGCUCUCUGCCGUGGACAAGGAUGAAGGCCUGAAUGGGCAAACUGAGUAUUCUCUAGCGGAGGAGGCUUCCGGGGCAUUCACCAUUGAUCCCAUAGCGGGCACAUUGAGAACCAGCCACAUCCUUGACCGAGAAGCCAGAGCUGAGCAUACAUUUAAGGCUGUGGCCAGAGACUGUGGUGUCCAGGGCUCAAGAAGCACCAUGGUGAUCAUAAAAAUACAUGUCACUGAUGUUAACGACAAUGAUCCAGUUUGGGAACAGAACCCCUUUGAUAUUUUUCUUUCCCCCCAGUCACCUACUAACCAGAUGACUGCCAUCCUGAGAGCCAGUGACCCAGACUUGGGGCCCAAUGGAACUGUCAUAUUUAGUUUUGCAGAGCCCCAGUCAGUGUUUUCUAUUAAUGAAUACACAGGAGAAAUUCAACUUCAGCAAAACCCAGCUUCAGAAUAUUUUCCUAUCUGGCUGCAGUUAAAAGUUGUUGACCAAGGGUUCCCAGCUAGGACAACCAAUGGUCUCUUGGUCAUUCACAUGGAAGGAGAAGAUGUAAGGAUUUCCUUCAGCCAGCAUGUGUAUAAUGGGAUUGUGCCUGAAAAUUGUGAGGCAGGUACUUCUAUUGUGACUAUAAAAGCUUUUGCUACUGACUCAGUUCGGGACAACAUUAAAUAUUCAAUUUUUAGUGGAAAUGAAGAUGGAGUUUUUUCCUUGUGCUCCAACUCAGGAGAACUCACUGUGCAAGAACCCAAGUUUCUGGAUUUUGAAGUCAGAAAUGAAGUUCAGCUCAUCGUUUUAGCUGAAAGUAGGGAGCAUAGAGCCUACAGCAAAGUAGCAGUCUUCAUCCAAGAUGUGAACGAUCAUCCACCAUACUUUGGGCAAAGCAUUUACCAAGUAUCAGUGUCUGAGGGCCAGUUCUACAAUGCUCACAUCAUACAGGUUUUUGCCACAGACCAGGACAGUGGGACAAACGGCCUCAUCGAGUAUUCUAUUCUCUCCAGCAACCAAGUACAAGCGUUCCAGAUGGACACACUGAGCGGUGUGCUAACAGCAAGUGCAGUUCUGGAUUAUGAGUACACCAGAGCCUACAGCUUGAUUGUACAAGCCACAGAUAAAGGUAUACCCAGGCUUUCUGGUACAACUGUGAUCAAGAUACAAGUGACUGAUACAAAUGACAAUGCCCCGGCUUUUCUCCCCUCUGAAGCAGUGGAAGUUGCAGAAAAUUCUUUGCCUGGUGUAAUUGUGACUCAGAUAUCAGUUCAUGAUGUGGAUUUGAAUCCAGCUUUCAUCUUCAGUUUCGUCAAAGAGAGUAAUCCUGGAACUAAGUUCGCUAUUGAUCGGAACACUGGGGUAGUGGUGCUAGUGAAAACACUGGACUUUGAAGAAGCUACUGAAUAUGAGCUGCAUAUCCAAAUUUCAGAUUUGGUGCACCACACGGAAGGGACACUCAUUGUCCAUGUGCGGGACGUCAAUGAUAACCCACCAGUAUUUUCUCAAGAUUCUUACCAGGUCACCAUUUCCGAAUCGGUGCCUGUGGGGCACGCAGUGCUGACCGUGGUGGCCACAGAUGUGGAAAGCAACGAGAACAUUUCUUACAGGAUCCUUUCUUCUUCUAAGGCAUUUUCAAUUGAUCCUACAAAUGGCACAGUAUAUACUAUCAAUCCCAUCUUACUUCUGGAUAGAAAAUCAACAAUUCGAUUUCUUGUUGAAGCCAGUGAUGGUGGGAUUCCUGACCUGAAGGCUGUUACCUUAGUGGAGAUAGAAAUACAAGAUGUGAACAAUUAUGCCCCUGAGUUUGCAAUAGAAUAUUAUAAUCUUAGCUUGAGUGAAGACACUCCAAUUGGAAGCACACUUGUCACCUUUACAACUGUUGACCAUGACUGGACCCAUGAAAACACUCAUGUUGAAUAUUCCAUCAUCAGUGGUAAUUCACAGAACAAUUUCUAUGUGGAAACUAGUUUCAUUCAUUCAGAAUAUACUUACAAGCAAGUUGGUUACCUGGUGUUGAUUCACAAUCUGGACAGAGAAACAACCGCCAGUCAUAAGCUUGUCCUUCUGGCAUCUGACCAUGGCUGCCCUCCACUGAGUUCCUCAGCCACUGUGUCAAUAGCAGUACUCGAUGUGGAUGAUAACCCACCUGCAUUCAGCAGUCUGGAAUAUCAUGCCCACAUCAAGGAAGGUACCCCUCGAGGGAGCCCCAUCACUGUGGUCUCAGCAAGUGACUGUGAUGUGGCUUCACAUGCAGAAAUCGUCUACCAUCUAAUCUCUGGAAAUGAGAAGGGGCAUUUUCACUUAGAAGAAAAAACUGGAGUUCUUUAUUUGAUUAAACCUUUGGAUUAUGAAGAAACGAUAAAAUUUACUUUAACUCUCCAAGCUUCAGAUGAAGAAAAGAAGCAGUUUUCUUUUGCAGUUGUGUUUGUCAAUGUCCUGGAUGAUAAUGACCAUGCACCUCAGUUUAUGUUCCCAAACUUGAACUGUGCUGUUCCUGAAAAUCUUCCUGUUUUCUCCACCAUAUGUUCUGUAAAUGCUUUGGAUUUUGACACGGGUCCUUAUGGAGACUUGACCUAUUCUAUAGUUUCACCCUGUUCUCUCCUUCAUGAGAUGCCGCAUGAUCAUGACCUCUUCCUCAUUGACCCCUUAUCAGGGGAUAUUCGUGCUCAGCAAGUCCUUGACUAUGAACAUGACAAAAAAUACUGCCUCACAGUUCAGGCCAAAGACAAGGGUGACUCAACAGCCUUCUUAAUGGUUUGGGUGGACAUUGAAGGGAUAGAUGAGUUUGAACCCAUUUUCACUCAGGAUCAAUAUUUUUUCAACCUCCCAGAAAAGAGUAAUGUAAGACAAUUGAUUGGCAGAGUGGAAGCAUCAGAUGCAGAUGCUGGUAUUGAUGGAGUUAUUCUUUACUCCCUUGAAACUCCAUCUCCCUUCUUUUCAGUAAAUAAAACUAAUGGAAAUAUUUAUUUAAGUGGAGCCCUUCCCCUAAUAAAAAGUCAAGUCAGCAAAGAAGACACCAUCGAAAUGAAAAUAAUUGCUCGUAGCCCCAAACCGGACUCCAAGUUUACAUCUUGUACUGUUUUUGUGAAUGUGUCUUUUUCCUUGGAAGGAAAACACUCCACAGAAUCAGCUAGCAGCUUUUUGAUCAGUCUCACUGUCUCCUUUUUAGUGUUUUUGUUACUUGUCUUCAUUCUAAUUGUACUUAUUUUAAGACAUAAACAAAAAGAUGCAAUAAACAAUUUUGAAGAAAAGAAAACAUCAUCAUCCUUAGAUAUCAGUGUGAGACCGACCAGGGAUGCCAGCACCCUGAAACCCUUCCAAAAAACUAAUGAGAGUGAUAAUGAGGUAGUGCCCGUGGACUCCAUGCCUGAAUGGUUGAGUUUAACAAGAAUUAUGGAGAAGGACAUUGCACAUCUGUACAGGCACUCAAACUCCCGUGGUCACUAUUCUGUGGAAGGAGAAACUGCAGAAGAUAAGGAAAUCCAGAGGAUAAAUGAGCACCCUUACAGAAAGGACUCUGACUCAGCUCUGAGUGAUCGGGAGUCCAGGGUGCCAGACUCCGGCAUUCCAAGGGAAUCAGACCAGCUCUCUUGUUUGUCUGGGGAAACUGAUGUGGCGGUCACUGCUGAAACAGCAGAAACCAGCCAUACAUUUGAGGAAGGAGAUCAAGGACAGGGCUGUGACACUACCUAUGUUCAAAAUAACAUCUUACUCCAGCCUCUAAAGAAGAGAGAGGGAAAAGUAGGCAUCCUGGCUGAUGUCAGAAAAGAGGCCGUCUUUAUUUCAGGUGAUCAGGAAGCAGGAUGCGCAGCUCUUUCAACCCAGAGAAACUCUGAUCAUGAUGUAAGAGGCAACUAUCACUGGGAUUAUCUCCUCAGUUGGGAACCCAAGUUCCAACCUCUUGCAUCAGUAUUUAAUGAUAUUGCAAAACUAAAGGAUGAGCACUUACAUAUGCCUGGCAUUCCAAAGGAGAAGAAAUCUUUUGUUUUUCCACCACCUUUGAUAACAACAGUAGCCCAGCCCGGGAUUAAAGCAGUUCCACCAAGAUUGCCAGCCAUAACCCUGGGGCAGGGACUUCGGAAAUACCCACACUCCCCCAUUCGCUAUCAUCAAAGUUCUCUGCCGAAAGCCAUGACGCCCAGUUUUUCUCCAUCCCUUUCUCUGUUGACCACACAGACCCCUGCCAUAACCCCGCUGCUGUCAGAUGGAGAGUUAUUAGGAACACAUCUGAGUGGUACAUGCCAUGAACCUAAAGCAGCAGAUGAAGCUCAAAUAUAAAACAAUUGUGAUGUCAAGCACCUGCUCUCCAUUGGUCAUGAAUGAUUGGACAAAACAUUCCUAAGUGAGCUCCUUGAGAUUGGGUUCAUUUAUCUAUGAGUGAGGGAUAUAAUUUAGUCUAGGUUUUGAGAACCCUCUCACUUAAGUUUGGAGAAUUUGUUUCAGUCUUAAUGAGAAGUUACCCUGUCUUUUAACCUUUAUGUUUUGCUCUCAGGACUCAAGUUUGUAUAUAUUAAAUAGUGUAUAUUCUGUCACACUUGGUCUUCUGUAUGGUUAGAUUUCCAAAGGACACAGUGAACUUGGCUGACUGCCAAAACGUUUAUAUGAAAAUAAAUGGAAAUAAAGUAUACUGUAUUCUGGUCACUUUACUGCUGAUGAUUCUGCUAUUUAUAAAACAAAUUAGUAAAGACUGAAUAAAAAAUGAGUGUAGGAUAAAAAGUAGCAGAGAGGGGAAAUUUGGAAGGAUAAACAAGUUGUAAAGUGAAGCAGUUUUCUGCAGAUCUGAAAUACUUGGAGAUGCGUUUCCCCAUUUUCCCCAUAAGCCACACUUGGGGAGUUUAGCCAUAAUUUGAAUUUACUAUGGUGUCUUUUGGAAAUCUAAUGAGAAAUUAAGAAUGAAAUUUGUCAUACCUCUGUGCCAAAUAAGAAAAUUAUUGUUGAUUAAAUGAACCAGAAAUGCAUGUUCUUAAUGGAGAGCCAGUAUUGAUAAAAGCAAUAAUGUGUGGUUGGCUGCCACUGAAGACGUAUUUCCUUGGCCUUCUUUACAAAUAAAAUGAUUUUUUUUUCAAUGCUCUGUCUUGUAACAUGGUACGGGUACAGACACUAAACUCUGAAGAUUAAUUUGUGUAUAUUUCUUCAUUUUAUUUUCUUCUACAUUCAGUAACUUUUGGUGAGAAAUAAUUUAUCCACUCAAUGUCAGUUUAAAAAUUUUCACUCAGAUAAAAUUAUGUUAUUUGCUAAUAAUAAAUUUCAUAGAGUAACGUAGCAAUAUAUUUUUAAUGAAGAUUUUUUUAUAUAAAUACUCCUACUCUAAAAGUUAAGAAUGGAUGUCAGAAGUCUUUCUACCAUUUGUUUAUACUCUUAUUUAGCUUCAACUGUCACUAAGCGGAACAGUUUGGCAACAUGGUUAAAAUAAUUCUAUUUUGUACAACUAUGGUUUCAGAAAUAUAGUGGUACUGUGUGGUGCACAUAUAUAUAUGUAUAUAUAAAAUGCUAUCUCCUUCUGUUUGGUGAGCCUGAGAAUCUGUCAGAGAUUCUUAUCCCUUCCAAGAAAGCAGAGCACAUCCUGAUGAGGCUGGUCCAAAAGUCAUCCAUGGUAGGCAACGUGGCCAGGCUUUGGAGUAAGAGUUUAGGAUUCUAAUGUCGAGUCUAGAGGGCAUCUGGUGUAGUUUUCUUAGUAGUUAGUGUGGGAUUCAGCUAUAGGAAUAUUUCCUUUAUGUUUUCUUUCAGUAGUCCUAUCUGUAAAUUUAUGUGGGAUGACUAAUGUCUCUUUACUGAAAAACAUUUUAGGAUGCCAUGUUUGAUAUCUAGUUUUGUAGAUAAAUAAUUCUAAGAGUUCCUAUGCUGAUUUUUAUCAAAUAUAUAUUAGAAACUGUAUGAAACAUGAAGGUUUUUGGAGAAGCCUGGAAUCCUAGGGAAAGUGAUUUAGGCAUGGAACGCUUAAAUAUUAAAGGAUGAAUGCAUGUUUCUCUUUUUCUUCAUGGCAUCCGGAGAAGAAGAUUUCAUGGUUUUUCUAAAAAAAAUAAUUAUUAUUACAGCGUUCCAAUGUUUAUUCUCUCUUUGAUUUUCUUCGAAAGAUUCCUUUGAGCAUACGAAGAAAUGCUAUAUUGAUUUUCUUUUCUAAUUAUACAUGGAAGUUUUGUUUUGCAACAGAAUUAUUUCUAGGAAGCAAGAACAUUUUGUUGUUUUUAAUUAAACAGGUUAUUCAUUACUUAUGCUUAAAAAGCUAUCUAUCUAACUCUUCUGUAAGUUAUUUGCCAGUGAUUUUAUUCCUCAUUCUGGACACGAUUCUGCAUUUUUUUCUAGACAUUUAAUAAAAACAGAAGACAUGAAGAAUUUAGAGCUAUUCUUUACCAACAUCUAGUGGAUUUUUAAUUGAUGACUUUAUUAAUACAGUAUCCAAAGCCACACCACUGCCAAACGACUAUUACAGUAGGGUUGAGAGUAAAAAUGUGAACAUGCUGGUUAAGUGUUUGCAGUAAAUCAUAUGUCAGCCCUUUCAACUAGAGUGCUUUUUUCCUGAGUAAACAAUAUAAUUUGUACAGUUUUCCUUCAAGUUUAAUAUUAACUUGCCUCAUAUGUUCUGUGUUACUUUGCUGAUCUACACACCAGCUUUAGCACUCUGGAGGGGGUACAGAACUUGUUAGUGGAAAAUCAUAUUAAGCCCCAAAUUCAUAAGCUAUAAAAUAAAAGACAGUUGUCUCUUGUGGAAUUUUGCCUGCCUGAAAUUCUGGACUUUCUCGUUGGCAGCCUUAAAAAUACUGGUGUAAAUCAGGACCAAAUGGAUAUCAAAAUUCCAUGUCCUAGUAGUAAUCAUGGAGUUAGCUUCCAAAACAGAUUCCCAGGCAAAGAAAAGGAAAAAUGCAGCAUCUUUAGGGAUUUGAUCAUUUAACUGUUCUUUAAAAAUAUUAUAAUGCACUGUAAACUACCAGCUGCUUACAGGUGUGCACACUUGGUCCAUGAUAGAUGUCCUUGUGAGACAGGGCUUGUGUUUCUCCGCACAUUUACCCUCAGUUUCAGAGUCCCCCUUUCUGUGUUUUCCAGAAGUUAUGGUGAUGAAAAUUAAUUAUUAAUUUAAAAAUUAUUUCCAUCCAAACAUGUUUUGUUACUUUUGUUUUGACCUUUUACACAUACCUUCUCUUUAAGUUAAAAAAAAAGCAAGACAUAACUAAGAGGAUCUAAGAUAUUAACCCACUUCAGAGCAAUGAAGGAUAUGGAUGGCUAGUGGAUUCUCACAUGAUGUCAUGGAUAAGCUCAUUGGGUUUAUUUUCAUUGAGCUCGAAACUAUAAAGCUAUCUGUUUGGUCAUAGCUGGAGAGUUUGUAUGGAUAAUCAUUCUGUCCAAGAGGGAUGCCAGGACCAGGAAAGUUGCAGAAGUGUUGCUUAUGACCCAAACCAAGCAUUCCAGUGUGAGUCACUGAAAGUAGCUUUCAUCCAUUGUAAAGAUGGAGGGAGAGAAGGAGGAAAGGAGAGAAGGAACAAAGGACAGAAGAGAAAAGAGAGGAUCAAAUCUGAAAAGGAAUAGUUUAGGGCAUGGGUAAAGAAAUACAAGAAGGCAAAAGGGUAAGGACCUGUAAAAAGAAAUUUUUAAGUGUAAAGAUUUUGCUGAGUCACUUGCCCUUCCUGGUUCGUCCUGUUGAGGAACCUCUCUCUUUUUUAAGGAAUUUCUUUUCUCCUUCUUAUCUGCUCCUCUCAGGUCUCUCCCUCCAUCAUCUGAAAAUUUAGGUUUAUCAAGCUGUGAACCUAAAGCUAGGCGACAAUGAACUAGAAUGCAUUUGACAAUAGCACUUGAAUUUGUUGUGGGAUGGGUUUGGUUUUUUUUCUUUUUGGUGAAUUAAAGAAUUAAA